CGAAAGACAGCGGCUGACGGGAAGCAGUAGACAAGCAAGAGCUAACGAAUACGUGCCAGUGGCAAGGCCGACAGCUGAGGGAAACUCCAGAUCAGCAGCUAAGCAAGCAGGCUCGCAGUGGAAGUUCACAUAGAGACUGUUGGCGACGGCUGCGGGGUGAGGCGCGGUCAGUGAGCAAGCGGACCGAUUGAGCUAAUAAAAGAACAUCAAGCGCGAACAGUGACCCUAGAGAAGGACAGAACUCUUCUCCUUUACGUCCCUUGAGCGAAAAGAACAAUCACAUAUCUAGUACGGUGCUAUGGUGGAUCAAUGCUCCGUGGUACUCGCUUUAGACGAGGGCAACACGAAGUACGCGUCGUUUCAGUUGGGUGUCAAAGCUGUUCGUUGUGAUUGUACUGGGGACUUUAUUGAGCCUGUUUGCCUUUAAUGCCUGGUGCCACGGUUCAAUACACGCUGGCUGUCCUUUUCGAUAUUUUAUACAGUAGAAGAAGUCGGUUCGAAUGAGUUUAUCUAAUUGGCAAUAGUGAAUGUCUUCGUAAAGUGCUUUAUCUGUCAAAAAAAAUUCCUCAGCCUAUUCAAGCCCCAGCUAAAGAAUGAGUGCCGAAGUGCACACUCCGCUGUAGGAGAUAUACAAAUGGUUGUCCCAUCGGAUACGUUCAUAGUAAACGAGCAACUGAAGUAAACAAGUGAGUUUCUUGCGGAACAUUUGCUGGUUUAAGUGUACGCUUGACUGUACCAAGGGGCAAACGGCAAAAGUAGGCCGAACAAAGUACUGGCUUGCAAUCGAACCCAGGCCAGCUGAUCAGCCAUUGUAUAAAAUAAUGUUCAGAAAGUGUUACUGUUUCUUUCGUACUAAUGUGUGAUAUUUUAAGAAGGGGCACAUAGCUAUAGCAAUGAAUGAGUCGUGGAAGUUUUCGCCACCGCUAUCUAGCUUACUGCUAGAGACAGGAAAUAAACGGAAAACCCGCAGCUAGAUAACGUAAUACGCCCAAAACAAUGGGCUACGUAACUUGUUUUACACACUUACUCAAAUACAGGUAGUCAAUGACGGAGGAGGCGUGGAAAUGUGCGCGUUUGGACGUACUGAUUAAAGCAACCGGCUGAGAUUAGAGUACAUAGGCUGUAUAAUUCUAUUACCUAUCGUUGAAACAGAGAGUGACAGCACGGGGCAGAUAAUAACGAAAUCAAAAAGCUGCUUGUGCUCGCAUUAGCCAACUCAUACGCAAAACCGAUGCAUGAUCAUCUAUGUGAAAACAGAUCGAAUCUCCUAUGAAGAGAAUUCCAGAACGAAAUAAAGUAGGGAACAACGAAACUCUUUCGUCGCUUCGUCUCUACCUGUCAUUGUACCUUUCGUAUUUUCGUUACUUUUUCGUGAAACUUUCGGCUUGGAAUAAUUUUUCGCCGAUACAUCGACACUCGUAUUGAUUUCAUAGUACGUCUCUUCUGUCCCGUCGUAAAGUAGAAAAGCCACAGCCAGCUGGAGAACGAACGAGGACGGCAACAGUGUUGUGCUUCUCUCCAGCCUAAAGCUGGCCUGUGUUUCUCUUGAUUUCUGUACUCUGGCUCGCGUGGUUUGGCGUUUGUGUUAAAUAUCACUAGACGCAAUGGUGAUCCGGCGUGGUGUGGCGUGGCCCGACUCGACCCAACCCAACCCAUCCCAUCCCACCCAACUCUUCGCUGAGCCGCCAGCGCUGGAAGCCAGUGGACGAGCAACAGCCGGAUAACCAAAGCGGAAAGUGCCGAAACCAAAUGGCAACUUUAAGAAUGAAGAAGUUGCAGUUGUAGCUGCCUACGGCAUUUCAUUUGGAUCGAUGUUUGCAACUAAUAGCAGCAACCUUAGUCCGAUGAAGGGUUGGGGUAUUUUUAAACGAUAAAUAACAUCAAAAGCCUGCUCUACCUAGAGUUAAUGUCGGGGUUCGAAAGAACUGACACUACGAUUCUGGCGAUCAAGCUCCUUUCGGUGGCAUUACCCUCGCGGAGACUCACAGCCGGUUAACGUUUCGGGUGCAAGAACGGGUCGCAAACAGGACACGGAUAUGAACAUUAGGGAUAUGAAUGCUGGUCAACCUAUUGCUAAUGUACAGUGUGACCUAUCGUGAUUAGGAUUAUUGGGAAAAGGCAACGUGUAAAAUUGAAACGACAAUGAUUGUAUCAAUACGUAUGAAAAAAUGGUAUAUUGUGAUCGUUAGAUCGCGUGCGAUAGAGUAACCACUUAGAAGGAUACAAUAACGGCACGUCGACCGUAUCGUUUCGCUAGAAGAGAAGCGAUGCAGAAUAUGCACAGCGGAUAUAUAUACACAUAUAUUUGACGAUUUGUGCUUAACUGUACCCUUAGGAUACUUGGUUUCAUUCAUAUAGAAUCUUCAUUUAAACUACAGGAGGUGUCUCUGCAGGAAAUAUAGAAACAAGUUGUCUUCGCCACCUCAGGAUCAGCGACGAGUCCAGUCUGCGCAUCGAAAUGAGGGGCUCGGAUGGCGCCAAGUAUUGCGGUGGCAGAGGACCCUGUCUUCGCUGCCAAUAAUCCUUCCGGCCGUAGAGGAAAACAAUCACUUUUUAGAUGUCUCAGUGUUCCUGCAACAAAAUCAGUGUAUAACAGCAACUCUACGAGAAGUCCUUUGAUUAGGAGAGCUGCUGGCUCCGUCGGACACAACGUAGAAGGAACCACAAGUUCGUCUAAACUGACUAAAACGAAAGGAACCUUCCCAGUGAGGAAUUCACCGCUAUUCAUAUCAGCAUCGACAAGGUCCUCCACAUGCCAUCUUGUUCCACGAUUAGUGGCACCACGACCGUGUAAUGUCGUUGCCGUACGCAGGACCGCCUCGCGCCUUUGCCGCCGACGACACCGAGAGAGCUUCGAACUUCUACAGCAACUUCAGUUGAGGUUGAACGACGAAGACGAGGACGCCUGUGGCUGUAGAGACAACGUUUUCGGGUCACAGUUGUUGCUGCGGAACGAACGUAACAGGCAACGAGGUAUCAGAUUCAAGUUUAACGGCAGAUCGAGGUCACUGCAACGUGGCACCGUUCCGUCAAUCAACGAUACAGGAUCUUUACAGCUUGUUGCUUUCCGAAAAGUAAAGCCACGCUCUCAUUCAGUAGAAGAUACGAGUCCGUCAAGAAGCGAAUCCUCAUCUGAACUUGAAGAGAUCCUCGCGAAUCGCACCAAUAGCCGGCUAGUCCUAGGGGUAUCUGAUGAUCCCUUCGAGAUCGCGACUGACCCCGAUGGACAUUCAAGGGGAAUCGGAGACGUCGAGGAGGGCACAACGUUAAAGGAUUCAAUUGGAACUCCUUCGGAGCUUAGUACUGAAGCCACUUGUAAAGCUUUUGUAGGGAAUAAAAAAAAUCGCCGACAAUGGUUGGAUGGCGAUAGUCAAUUUCGUAGAGGGACCGUCGAACUCAGGAGUAGCAGCCGUUCUCGAGUAGUGUUAGGAGAACAGCAGCAUUUGUUACUUCAGGAAAUUGAGGACGAGCUUAGAGCUCGCCGAAAAGCCGUUCGUGGAGACAAACACGAUCUUUCUUUUGACGAGUUGAUCGUCACCGUUGAUGGGAGGCCCAUAACACUUGUUGGAAAACAAUAUAGAAAUAAAGACAAAAGAAAAUCAUCCGCACAAGAAAUCGAGAUUGAAGUAUUCGCUUUUGAGACAAUGGAGCGGCAGGAAAGCUUUAAGAAACAAGUCAAGGAUACCCAGGAGUGGUUCAGGUCGGGCGGCAGUGUUUUGGACGAAGACGCAAGUCCAUGGAGCUCGUCGGGGCAACUAGGCAAGUUUUUUGAGGAAGCCUCAGCGAAAUGUUCUGAAUCAGGCACUGAAGAGUUCGCCGAUUUCCUCCAGAGGAAUCGCGAGUCAUUUAACAGGUUUCUGGAGACUCGGUGUUCUAGCAGCAAACGCUUAGUCGAUCGAGAUAGCGGGGUGUUUACUGAACAGGAGAUCCAGCAGCAUGGCAGCAUGUCUUCAUCAACUGGAGGGUGUUCAUCGACGACGAGUUUCCAAGCAACUUCAAAGUCUACGUCGGCUAUUGUCCAUUCGAAAAGCAAAGACAGCAUCGGUUGCACGAGCAGCGGUGGAAGCAAUACGGCCAAAUCAACACUUUCAGUCUCUCCAGCAUCAAGUGCGCCGUCACCGACCACCGUAGGACCGUCCAGCUCCUCCAGUGCUUCCCAGCGACAACUUCACAUAGUCAAAUCGAGCUCUCAGGACAAUCAUUCGCACAACGUCCAUAAGAUGUCGACGGUCCACCGAACGGAGUCGCAGAUUCGAACUUCAGGAACGCAUCCCGAGUUCAAAACGAUCAUUGAGUUAAACGGCGAUAACAACGUUCCGCCGGACGCGCUCCGCCAUCCUGAUAACGUCGGAUUGGGUCUAACGGCUUCAUCAGAGCCACAGCUAAGGGCUGCAAUCUUGAAGCGCCCUUUGUCUGAGUUCCCGCGCUUCCCGCCUCUACCAUCAGAGGGGUCAAAAUUGCCUGGCUGCCAACGAAUGUCGACAGGUUUCGAAGCAAAUAUGAGCUCUUCGUACCACUUUAGUAGCACGUCCAGGAGCAGAUUCCAAUACUGUGGCGAGACCAACACGUUCAAAUUCUCGACAGAGCACGUAUCUUCGUCGUUUUCGGAGCAGGGCUAUGAGAGUGUCAGUGAAAGUGAGGAUGAGGAAUCGGUUGACGUCGACGACGAAGGCGAUGACGAGAGUCAUCGAAGAGAUCUCGACGUUAUGGCCAAUGUGAGCGUCACGAACGAUGGCAGUGGCAGCAUGAGCAAGUGCAAUCUCAUAGGUGUUCAGGGAUCGCUGAGCACUUCGGAGACAUCCGAUUCGUUGAGGGCUAUCGACAGUAAUAGUAUCGAGACGACCGGAAUCGGAAGUAGUCAGCUGUCGAAUAGUGGGUCGACGACGAACAACGCUAACGUCACAUCCCGGAGCGAAUCUUGCGUGACGCUCAACGCUUUAGAGCACCAACAGAAAACCCAAAACGCGCUCCGGGAAAUUGCCUACGAAUUACUUACGACGGAACGAACCUAUGUCGCAAUUUUGACGUUGCUGGACCAAGUAUUCCAUUUUCGUGUCGAUCAAGAGAAUCGAGCAACACCGAUGUUUUCGCAAGAGGUCAUCACCCAAAUGUUCUCCAAUCUGAAGUCGCUUUACAAGCUCCACAAUGAUUUUGUCCUACCAAAACUCGAGGAACGCCUUCAGAAUUGGGAACUAAGGCAAGGCAUCGGAGAUCUCAUGCGCGAAUUGGCGCCUUUCCUUAAAAUGUACACAGAGUAUGUCAAGAACUAUGAUACAGCCAUGCACCUAAUUGCUACGUGGUACCAGAAACAGCCUCGGUUCGCAGCCAUCAUGGAUUAUGUACAUAGUUUACCGGAGUGCGGUAAGUUGCAGGUAUCACACCAUAUGCUCACACCGGUCCAACGUAUUCCGCGCUACGAGCUGCUGCUCAAAGAGUACCUCAAAAAGCUGCCCGAAGACUCUCCCGAUAGAGACAACACGCAAAAGGCUCUAGAACUGGUGUCAACAGCAGCUCAACAUGCUAAUGAGGCGAUGAAAAAAAUCCAUAAGUUUAAGAAAUUGUUAGAGAUCCAAGAUCUCGUUGGAGGGGUCAUGGACCUGGUGAGCCCCUCUAGGGAGCUCUUGAAAGAGGGACGCGUAACGAAGAUCUCCGCUCGUAGUGGGGAUACACAGGAGCGACAUCUGUUUGUCUUCAACGACUUAGUACUGCUAUGUAGUCAACGGCUGAUUUCGCAGCGUGUGGGAGCUGGUCCCCCAUUGCGGGUUCGUGCCCGACUUGACAUGGACGGCUUAAUCGUCGAAGAGGGUGAUAAUCUCGAAACGCCUAACACGUUUUACAUUCGAAACACCGGACGCAGCAUCGAACUGUGCACAACUAACUCGGGCGAAAAACUCGAAUGGAUGCAAGUUCUGGCUAAGGCGGUGCACGACCUGGCGCAGAAAAAAAGUUCCCUCAAGGUGCACAGAGAUAAUUCACCUAAUGGAAAUGGCUUAUCCUUACAGGAGGGUGACUUAUCACAACAACAGCUUUCAAAUGAUCAGUGUGACAGUAUGAAGAGUCCCAUGGCAAGCCUCGAUCUUGGCCGGUCAGCUCCCCGACUAGUUCGAAGUGACCAGGUUAGUCAUUGUAUGAACUGUGCGACGCCAUUUUCCACCUUCGGCCGAUGGAAACACCAUUGCCACGCCUGUGGAAUUGUGGCAUGUCGCAAAUGUCUAUCUCAGAAAAUGCGCUUGGCGUAUGAUGCCUCUCGUCUGCUGCGUGUCUGUGACCGGUGUCAUCAGCUGCUCGUGCAAAGCGCCGGAGUAGAUCAGCAAGAUGUCCAAUCAGCUAGCAACGAUACCGAUGAAAACAGCGAUCAGUGCAACAUUCGUUCACUGCCGGAAUCGCCCAUUUUACCGCAUGCGGACAAGGCCGUUAUGUGCGGUCCACUCCGGUUAAGGACAAAUGGCCGAUCAACUUGGUCGAAAAGAUGGUUUGCGUUACAGCCCGAUUUUGUUCUCUACUCAUACAAAAAUCAGGAGGACAAAUUGCCGCUAACAUCGACGCCUGUUCCAGGCUUUCUAGUGUCCCUCCUAGAAAAAGGUGACGCAGUGGAUCCGAAAACGCCACACGCGUUUAAAUUGUUCCACGUCAAGAAGACCUAUUACUUCCAAGCGGCCGAUAGUGAUGAGCAGCGGAAGUGGACUAGUGCACUGGAUCAGGCCUCACGCGCCGAAGACUUAGUCUAGUACCAAAGGAAUCCUAUCGGCAGCAUAAGAUGUAUAAUAAGGCGUAUAUUUGAAGUACGAAGCGUUCAGCCGUGGCGAAACGGAUGGCAGCCAUCGAGAGGCGUUUUUUCGCUCCGUAUGCUUCUGCUAUAGGCAUCAGACACCCAUUUUGUCCUCAACUAGACUACACACAAUAACUGCUCCUCCGCUGGAUUUACCCGCCAGCUCUGAUUCAGUCAGCUCGAUAAAUAAAAAGCGAACAGUGGCCGCCUUCAUCAUGAUGACUUUAUGCAACAAUGCUGAGAAGGCCCUACGAUAGAUAUAACGACAGCUUAAUUAGUAAUAUUUUUUGUUCAAAAAGGUUGUCGCCUAUCCAAUGAUAAGGAGAAAAGUCAAAGUGCGUGAAUAUGUGGAACAUCAAUGAAAACCGGCAGGCUCGCCUGUAUAUUGAUGCUAGAACGACAAGGGAGUCGCCAAGAAACGCUUGUUGUUUAACUUACAUUAAUCACACAAAAAUGAUCCGUCAGCGAUCUACCCGCCAAUUCCUAUUGCGAUGAUUCAUCAAAUGUUGUUUAUUUUUUUUUUGACAGAUUUGCUAAUACUUAAUAUAUUGUCUCUUAAUCUCAAACGGAGGGCUUUUUGUCGUUCGGUUAAUUAUUUCAGUCGAGAAAAAUAUGCCUUAGUGUCAAUGCGUCUUUCUAUGAAUUCGUUAUUUCGCCAAGCCUUCCAGAACCUAGUUCGGUUCGAUUGUACUUAACUCAAACACUCCCAUUUAAUUUCGGCCAUCAAUAAUUACAAACGUGGCUUGUACCACCACAACAAAUACUUAGCUAGAAUGACAGUUACUUUUACUUCAACAGCUCGUUUGUUUUUAUCACCAUUUUCUUACUAGAGUGCUAUGAAAGUGAUGGUUAUAGCUCCUGUCGCGGAUAAACAACUGAUAUAAAAAAAAAGCACAGAAUCAAGCAUUACAAACAAAGCAUACCAGCCUUGUCCGUUUUAGCAGAACGAUAAUCAACUGCGUGAUUUGAAGACUUUUGAGCGUUGAAUUGGUAGAAAAUCCUUGUUUUGGCUUUCAAGCAGCCCUUACAUAUAUAUAUAUAUAUAUAUAUAUAUAUAUAUAUAUAUAUAUAUAUAUAUGUGGAAAAACGAUUUCGUCCAUUAAACACAAUAGUUUUUGAACGGCGCCUUAUUCGAACUGGAAGUGGACCGAUAGCCGACGUUUUGGCGGCUGUUUUCAGCCGUGCGAUAAAAUACAGGCAUGCGUAUAUAGCGACAUCACUUUGCAUGUGUAAAAAUUAGAAAAAUGAUAGCGAUGUUCAGAGUUGCUGUGGCCGAUACGAAAAGCUAUGAAAACUUUGUCAAUGGCCUCGUUUGUUCGCAAAAUAUCUGUACUUAUAACGCUAUGCUACCACUAUAAUAAACCUCCCUACUGAGAAAUUACAAUAGUUCUUGUCGACAAAUCUAUUUUCUCGAAUGUCUUUUUACUAGCACCCAGUAAAAAAAGACAGACUUUAUGGUUGUCUCAUAUUAAGACGGUAUCCUCAGUUAAAAUCGGUUUAUGCACUUCGAAGGCUGGCCGUCGGCGCAAUGUUUCGUGGCAGGCAGAACCAUCUUUAAUGUUAGGGCAUCGGUGGGGGCAGCUAGUUGUAGCAUUCUUGGAGCUUAUGAUUAAUUGCAGUCGUUGCAAUUAUAUCAUAAACGUAACUUUAGCUUCCUUAUUCGUAUCUCACAGUGAGCGAUUCAAGAACGCACGACGCAAGAAUAUGACCAACACCUCACUGAAUCACGCGCACUUAGAUCAAUUAAUAGUAACUUGUUGGCCGGCGAGUUGCUAAGAGAGUUGUGACCUAAUUUUUUUAAAAAUUCAGUUUAUUUGCACAUGUCCUUUAUUUCUGCAAGAAAGAGGGACGUCCCGCUCCCCCUACAUGUGAAUAUGCAACAUUUUGUUAUCAAACUGCCCCCUCUUUACCUUUCAUACCUAUUCGUGUCUGUUUAUAUUACCUGUUUGGUAAGGAUAUCAAGCGUAUUGUUAUUGCUUGCAUUAUAUAAAAGCAUUCAUUGCAGUAUACUAGUGUUCUUAGCUGAGUAUAGCGGCGUUUAUGUCAAAAGCAAAUUCUUUUAUAGGAGCAACAAAAGAGCAUCGUGAUGCUGUGGGGGCAAAUUUUUUUCUCCGUGGAUCUUUUCAACGAAUGCUUCGUCUGUCGACUUAUCAGUCUGGUGCUAUAGUACACAUAUGAUUAUAGUAAUGAGUUGUCGAGUUGAGUUUAUAUAGAUAAAUAAGAGCAAUGCUUAAUAAAAGGAGAAGAUGUUAAACACAAUUGGAAAAGAAUGAUGUACAUAUACACACAGUUGAAUAAUGAAAAAAAAACAUUAUAGAAACAUAUAGAUGUAUAUAGACAAAAGAAAAAAGAUCGAAGGGAGAGCAGCGUAACCAUUAUCUAGUGUAGAUACGUACAGAUUUGAAUGAACAUACAAAAAAUAAACUUAGAGUAUGUGUACGGUAUCCGUAUCCAUAUUUGCAUACAUAACUGAGUGCAAAAAAGCUGGGUCUCCUGUUGCUUGAGUAAUGUCAUAGUAAAACGUACACAAGACAUUUUUAUUACAGCUUGGCCCAGUAUAAGUAGGAGUACAAUAAACUGUCAUGACAAAUCAUACAAAAAACUGACAAAAAAAACCGUGACCGGCUUCACCUUCACGACCCAUCAUCACAGAGUAGAACUCAGACCGGAUCUAAGAUUUGGCAUAACAUAGCCUGGAAUAUAUUUCGUUUAUUCUAGAGAGACAUACACGCCAAGUGAAGUAUAGGCGUGCCAAGGGACACCAAAUUAUUAAAAGCGUAAAAAAAAAAUGCUAUGAAGCUUUUACCAUUUAGAUCCAGUGGAAGUACCUUCAGGUAUCGUCGCAAACCAUUUUCAGAUUGAAUUUCGUAAAAACUAAACUAAUCAUAAGAAAGAAUGUCAGACGGAAAAACGGACAGAUCUUACGUAUAUUUGCGCCUCUUAAGAAACGCGCAACACUCGUAUUGAGUUGUUUUUUUUUUGUUAUUUAGCAGAGCUGAUGAUCACCACUUUAUGGAUGAUGUUAAUGAAGUAAAAAAUUUUACUAAAGCAACUAUUAUUAUUAUUCCUACUUACACUUAGUUAAAACUUGUUCUAGUCGUUACGAUGCUAAAAUGGGGAAUACUUGUGAGAAAAUGAAGCUGAACCGUGGAGGUGACCUAUAAGUACAUACUGAUAUGGAGAAGUUUAUGCGGCCAUAAAAAUCAAGAAAUAUAUACAGAUUGAGCUUUUAGCUUCGGGUAGUCGUAGCAGUUGUAGUAGAAAUGUCCCUUAAGACCCAUAUAAAUUGAACCUAUUAGCAGUGCCCGUGUGUAUGCUGCGUUGCAGCCCAUUAUCCUACAUAGGUGACAUGUACUGCAUGUGACUAGGUGAUCGCAAUAUAUACGCAGAUCACAAAAGGAACUGUGAACUAAAAUCAAAAUAUGGAAUAGCAGCAACUUAGCGCAAAAACCUACCCGUGGACGCUACAGGAAAAGUAAGAACCUAUUAGCUUGGGAGACCUACGAAAUUUGUGAAAUCCAGAGUAUGUCCUGAGUUGUAUCAUAAAAAGGGAAAUGCAAAAGGCGACAAAUAGAGCCUCCUCAUAACGUGAAGGCAGGUUAUUUACCGUUUCGAAAAGAUAAUUGAAAUGAACGUUUCCUUUAGAAGGUAGUCGGGCUUCUCAUCGCCAUCAAUGAUGAUUCCCAGAUAAUAUACGAAAAAUAAUAUUCAAAACAACAAAUAGAUGUUAAAUAUCAUAAUUAGCGCAGGAAAUAAAACUCCGUCUACAAUCGUGAUGACCUAUA